AUGAAUCCUGACGCCGACACUCUCUUCUGUGAUGGAACGUUUUACAUGUGCCCGACUCAGUUUCAGCAGAUCUACACUGUCCACGCCAGGAUUGGAGACCAGAUGAACCCACUUGUAUACAGUCUACUUCUCAGCAAGAGCCAGGCAACAUACCAUUGCAAAGAUUCUUUACACUACUCAAGACCAAGAUUCAACCUCCAACUCAAUCCCACCACCGUUUUCCUGGACUUUGAGGCUGCUGUCCAGAAAGCCAUCCGCGUAGGGUUUCCAGCUGUGAGUUUGAAGGGCUGCUACUUCCAAUAUGCACAGUGUAUUUGGAGGAAAGUCCAGCAGACCGGACUUCAACAACUCUACGCCAACAACGACGAUGUCCGACAAAGUGUACGGCGUGCCGCUCUGGAGGACAUAGACGAUGCUGAUGUUCCACAGGACACCACUCCAUUUACAGAUUACAACGUGACACAGUGGAUUGACCGAGAUCAACAGCUCUGGAACCACUUUGAGACCGAGGGACCCAGAACAACCAACCGCAUAGAGGGAUGGCACAGAAAACUGAAGAAGAAAGUGGAACACGCUCACCCCAACAUCUACAGCAUCAUCCGCGUCUUCCAUGAAAUACAAGCCAGCAACGAGAUAACGCGCAUCCAACACGCAGCAGGAGGGCAACUCAGACCAAGAGCAUAA